AUGACGAUCGAUAAGAGUUGGAUUAGAGAGAACCGAAUGUCUUCAAAAUACUUGGAAGGUCUUAAAAACUUUAUGAAGAUUGCUGAGAAACAUGUUAACUCUAAAUGCAAAGUGCGUUGCCCGUGUAAAACGUGUGUGAAUUCGUAUCAACAAGUUUUGCCUACGGUUUAUGCCCACUUACAUGACAUUGGGUUUCUAGAAACAUAUACUAUGUGGAUUUAUCACGGUGAGAAACAUGUCGGUUCUUCGAAUUUAAGCUACAAUUCGACUCCAAGAACAAACACACCCACAAGUAAUGAGAUGUCUGAUGUAAUUUAUGAUGUUAUGGCAGAACAAAAUACAAAUGAAGAAAAUAUAGACGAGGAGGGACGAGGUAUAGACCCAUGGACAAAUAGUUCAUUUGAUCAACUUGUAGAGUUACUAAGAGCUGCUUUCCUGAAGAGCAAGAUUCCAGCUUCACACUAUGAAGCUAAAAAGAAGUUGAGAAAGAUAGGGUUAGGAUAUCAAUCGAUCCACACUUGCAAAAAUGAUUGUGCUUUGUUUUGGAAGGAGAACGGUUCCAUGCAAAAUUGCCCGAUUUGUAAGGAGAGUAGAUGGGUGGACACAACUACAAAGGGGAAGAAAGUACCACAAAAAGUGUUGCGAUACUUCCCUUUGACUCCAAGACUUCGACGAAUGUAUAGCUCCAGAUUCACAGCUAAAGAUAUGAGUUGGCAUAAUAUUGGACGCUCAAUAGAUGGUAUGAUGUAUCAUCCGGUUGAUGGGAAGUCAUGGCAAGAUUUUGAUCAAAGAUAUCCAGAGUUUGCUAAAGAACCUAGAAAUGUUCGUCUAGGUUUGGCUGCUGAUGGCUUUAAUCCAUUCGGCAACUUUAAUAGUACUUAUAGUACUUGGCCGAUUAUAUUAACUACCUACAAUACACCACCAUGGAUAUGUAUGAAAGAGUCUUCUUUCAUGCUAACUUUGUUGAUUCCUGGCGCUAAAUCACCAUCAAAGGACAUUGAUGUUUUCGUGAGGCCUUUGGUGGAUGAGUUGAAAAUGUUGUGGUCUGAAGGAGUCCAAAUGAGAGAUGCGUCAACCAACACCGUAUUCAACAUGCGUGCGAUGUUGUUAUGGACUAUCAAUGAUUUUCCAGCGCGUGUAAGUUUGUCUGGAUGGAGCGGUCAAGGUUAUUUAGCAUGCCCUACUUGUAACACAGACACAUCUUCCAUUCAUGUCACCAAAAAGAUGUCUUAUGUUGGUCAUAGACGAUUCUUGCAUAUGAACCAUAAGUGGAGGCAAAGUUUAUUGUUUAAUGGUCAACCUGAGAGAAGGCCACAUCCAAGACGAUUUAUCAAUACAGCUAUAUUAAAGCAAUUGGCUUGUCUCCCUGAUCGUAUUCCAGGGAAACAUCCUGAGCACGGGGGUGCAACAAGAAAGCGUAAUGAUGAAACAAGAAAAAAAGAGUUAAAUUGGACGAAACAUAGUUUCUUUUUUGAGCUUGUGUAUUGGUCUUCCCUCGAGCUAAAACACAAUAUAGAUUUUAUGCAUGUGGAGAAAAAUGUGGAUGAGAGUUUUGUAAAUACUGCAUUGAUGAAAGAGAAAACCAAAGACAAAAAAAGAGGCAAGAGAAGACUUGAAAAAUAUGGGCAUUCGGCAACAUCAGUGGCCAAAAGAGAAAGUCAACAAGAGGAAGAAAGUCAAUAA